UCGGCCGCGGUUCCGCCCAGCCGGGCCCGCCGCGCGCAGCCUUCGUCGCCAUGUCCGCCGGGGCUAGCGUGAGCGCCCUGCAGCGCUUGGUGGAGCAGCUCAAGCUGGAGGCCGGUGUGGAGAGGAUCAAGGUCUCGCAGGCAGCCGCGGAGCUCCAGCAGUACUGCAUGCAGAAUGCCUGCAAGGAUGCCCUGCUGCUCGGCGUGCCAGCUGGGAGCAAUCCCUUCCGGGAGCCCAGGUCCUGUGCUUUACUCUGAAGACUGGCAAGGAGUUCUGGGAAGCACACGGGGAAGGAUGACCACCCACGUCCCAAGAAGACAGUUUCCACAGCCAAAUCCCAUUCUCUGUUGCCUGGUCCUAGAGCCAAACUCUACAGAAAUCCAUUUUUGUAACCCUCACCUCCAAAUUUACUGAGCUGCAUCUUUCCUUCAUAGAACCCGCGCAGCUCUGCCUGGGAUAUGGGCAUGUUUUACUUGCUGGGGGUUUACAUUUUAGGAGGGAGACAUUUUGUUUUCAAAAACUGAGAUUUGUAAUUUUCCUAACAUUUUUAUACUCUAAUAAAAUUUGUUCAUAAGAAUUUACUGUUACUAAAUGAAGACAAAGUAUAAAAUUGGGAAUAAUUGAUAUAUUGAUUUUUUUUAAAAAAAAGGAGAACAUUUUCAUUUCUCAAAUAUGGUCUUACUUUGACAGUAAACUUGGGAGAUGCUCUUUAGCUAACUGAAAGAAUUGAUAUAGCAUUAGGUUGCCCAUCCUGGGUGAGGCUGGUUAGGUCUUUCCUUACUUCCUUUAGUUUACAAUUUAUAAUUGUUUUUGUAGCUCUUAAAAAUGUGCUUAUGCCUUUAAAAACACUUAAAUGUGGCCUACAUUCAGAACACUGAAACUGGUUAAAAACAAAAUGUGAAAAUAUUAUAACCUACAAGAAUUAAUGUCACAAGUACUUUGUUUGGGUGAUGUGCCUUUGGUUUAAUUGGGGACACUUUCGAAGGAAAGUCUGUGUUUGUAAUAAUCUUUGAAGAACUUGGAAAUAAAGUUUUUGCCGAAUUCAUCGUUUUCCAUGA